AUGACACAACUGAUUAUCAGUGAGAAUCAGACAAUAGUGACUGAGUUCUUCUUCUCUAUUUUCCCACAUCUGCAUGAAGGUGGUCUCUUAUUCUUUAUUCCCUUGCUUUUCAUCUAUGGAUUUAUCAUAACUGGGAACCUCAUGAUAUUCAUUGUCAUCCAGCUGGACAUUUCACUCCACACCCCAAUGUAUUUCUUCAUCAGUGCCCUCUCCUUCCUGGAGAUCUGGUAUACCACAACCACCAUCCCAAAGAUACUGUCCAACCUAGUCAGUGAGCAGAAGACCAUCUCUCUGGCUGGCUGUCUCCUUCAGAUGUACUUCUUCCACUCACUUGGCAUCACAGAAGGUUGUGUCCUAACAGCAAUGGCUAUUGACAGGUACAUAGCUAUCUGCAAUCCUCUCCGUUACCCAACCAUCAUGACUCCCAAAUUGUGUAUUCAGCUGACAGCUGGCUCUUGCCUCUGUGGCUUCCUCCUUGUUCUCCCUGAGAUUGCAUGGAUUGCCAUCUUGCCUUUCUGUGGCUCCAACCAGAUCUGGCAGAUCUUCUGUGACUUCACUCCUGUACUAAGGCUGGCCUGCACAGAUACAUCACUGGUGGUCAUUGUGGAUGCCAUUCAUGCAGUGGAAAUCCUGGCUUCCUUCCUGGUCAUUGCCCUAUCUUACAUUCGGAUCAUUGUGGUCAUCCUGAGGAUGCCCUCGGUGGAGGGCCGUCACAAGGCCUUUUCCACUUGUGCUGCACACCUUGCUGUAUUUCUGCUGUUUUUUGGCAGUGUGGCUGUCAUGUAUUUGUGAUUCUCAGCCACCUAUUCAGUGUUCUGGGACACAGCAAUUGCUGCCACUUUUGUUAUCCUCGCUCCCUUGCUCAACCCCCUCAUUUACAGCCUCAGAAACAAGGAUAUGAAAGAUGCCAUUAGGAGACUUUUCUACUCUCAGAAGAGGGCUGGUGGGGCUAGGAGACAGAUCUAG